GUACUUUACGACCCAUUUCUCCAUGGCGCUGGCUUUUCUCAGUCUUGGUUCCACUAAUGAUUGCAACACAGGCAUUUAAGAAGAAGAGUCUUGAUCACAGUGGUGCAUUGGGAGGAUUGGUGGUUGGAUUUAUCCUUUCAGUUGCAAAUUACAGUUUCUUCACGUCUUUGUUUGUUUUUUUUGUUACUUCUUCAAAACUUACUAAAUGGAAAAAAGAUACAAAGAAGCAAAUAGAUUCAGAAUACAAAGAAGGUGGACAGAGGAAUUGGGUGCAAGUAUUCUGUAACGGUGGUGUUCCUACUGAGCUGGCUGUCUUAUAUAUGAUAGAAAAUGGACCAGGUGAAAUUCCGAUAGACUUUUCAAAGCAAUACACAGCAUCAUGGAUGUGCUUAUCCCUUUUGGGAGCUUUGGCAUGCUCUGCUGGUGAUACAUGGGCUUCAGAGAUCGGUACUGUUAUGAGUAAAAGCAAGCCAAGGUUGAUAACAACCUGGAAAAAGGUUCCAGUAGGUACUAAUGGAGCAAUUACUUUAGUGGGCCUGCUCUCAAGUUUGCUUGGGGGCAUGGCAGUAGGUAUAGCCUACUUCAUAACACAACUCAUUUUCGUGACUGAUCUGGAAAUAUCUGCUCCGCAAUGGCCCAUUAUUGUGUUUGGUGCAGCAGCUGGCUUACUGGGAUCAAUUGUCGAUUCAUAUUUGGGAGCUACGAUGCAAUACAGCGGUUUUGACCAGAAUAUUGGCAUGGUUGUCAACCACCAAACAAAAGACUCCAAGCACAUAUCUGGAAAACCUAUAUUGGACAACAACACAGUAAAUCUUUUUUCUUCUAUAAUCAUUGCUUUGGUGCUUCCAGGCGUGGCGUGGUGUUUCUGGCCCAGGGGUUGAAAUGGUUUAGGGUUUUCUGCAUGUGAUUCAUUUAUGUUCAGUCUUACUCAAAGACUCUGAAGAGUUCUCUUUGAACUCUCUUGAAGAGAGCGAUCUGAAACUUUCAGAGGGUCAAAGGACCUUCCAUCUCAACUUAUUAAGGCUGUAAGCUUCAUAUAGCAAUUGGCAUCUGUCAGGGCGAGGAAGGGGUUUUGUCAAUAUGCUCUUGCUGCUC